AAGGAGUGGUGUGCGUGGAAUAAAGUCAAAUUCCUGUAGAAAGAAAGAAACUCCGUUUUUUUUCAUUUUUAAUUUUCUUUCUGCCAAACCAAAAUAAAAAUAAUCACACUCAUAACCAACCUUCCUUGUAUAGUUUUCUUCUUCUAUCCAUCUUCAACUUUCCUUUUCUUUUCUCCCUCCAAGAUCACAUUUUUCUUUGACCCUUUUGCUCCCUGUAUCUAAAAUUCCCCUCUCCACCCACUUUCCCUUUAAGUCAAUUUCAUGCUUCUCUGUCUCAGAUCCUAGAUCUUGCUGUCGGUGGGUUGAUCGGAGUAGAUGUCGCCGUCAAACGGGUUGCAGAACGGCGGCGGCGGCGGCGGUAAUGGGGUGAGUUAUAUAGAGCACCAGGUUUCAAAACUUGACACUCUUGCUGGUGUGGCAAUCAAGUACGGUGUUGAGGUAGCUGACAUCAAAAGGAUGAAUGGGUUAGCCACAGAUCUUCAAAUGUUUGCACUGAAGACAUUGAAAAUUCCAUUACCAGGACGUCAUCCGCCAUCUCCUUCUCCUGGUCCACAUGAAGAACCUACAAAAUCAGGAGAUGCUAGCAGUGAGAGGAAACCCCUACGCAUAGGUCAAUCUGCCAUGAAGGAACCUCUCCAGUCCUUAAGACUGAAACCACCUCAACCGAAUAUUUCUCCAGCUAUGAGCAUUUUACAGAAAUUCUAUGGCCUCAAAUCUUCAAAUUCAAGAGAUACGUUGAAUGGAACAGAAAUGGCAGUUUAUUCAUCCUCAACUUCUGAUCAUUCUAAUGGGGAAUGGCUUCCCAAAGCCUUGCCAAUUUCUGACCUGCCAUCAGCAUCAAAUGAUUACCCCAGGUCAACAAAUUUAGUGUAUGAUCUACUGACCGGGGAUGAUGAAUAUGUGCCUCUUGCGGAAAUUGGGGAUGCAGGAGCUGAGAAGUCUGAUGAGAAAUCUGUCCGAAGACGUCAGAAAGCUGAAGUUGAUAACGGAGCCAGUACCCCAGAAAAAAUUAUGAAAGAAGGAAAUGGUAAUGGAUCAAAUGGUUUUUCUUCAACUGGAAAAACAUUAGCCAUGAGGCCGAAAUCGGCUAGUCGAGCAGCGCUGUUCCCUGAGUCAGAAUCAGGAUGGUUAGAUUCAAUUCCAGUGGGGUUGGGAGAAUCUAUAUUUACUGAUGGCUUCUCCGGAGUGCGCAAAUCGUCGAGCGCAUCAAGCCUCAGAGAGCAGGAAAAGAACAAUUCAGCAGCAGCCUGGCCACCUGCAAUAUGGGGCUUGAAACCUGACUUGCAAGCAGCCAUUUCGAAACCUAUCUUUGAUGGUUUACCUAUCCCAAUAUCCGGCCGCAGAAGCAAAGCUGCCCUGGAUUAGUGUAAAAUUGUUCCCCUUUUGAGCAAAAUAUUUUUUGACAUUACACAAACAAAAAAUUGCAACAAGAUGCAACUAUUUUGGGUUAGUAAGCCUUGGAAAGAAGGAAAAGGAAAAUGAAAAAGAAGAGGAAAAAAAAACAAAAAUACACAAUUAGGAUAUUUAUUCCAGGCCUAGCAAGGGGUAGAUGACCUUCUAAGAAGAAAAGCUUCAGCAGUAGCAACUGAGGAGAAGGUGCAUGAAAACGGUAAGCAACUGAUUUUUCUAUUGUACCAAUAAUAAUGUAAUUGUGUCCAACCCCACCUGGAUGAUAAAAAGUUAUUAUUUACAGAUUGAUUAUUUCCUUUGUUAAAUGAUCGAGUCAAGUAAGUGAAAGCCAUUCUGUUAAGUGGUUAACUGUAUCAUGUCAUAAUUAUUAUUAUUAUUGAAUACAUUGUGCAAGUAUUUAUCAUUUUUUUUCUUGAGACCCAUUAUACUGCAAUACCAUUUAAUUUGUGUUAACCAUGUUUACAUGGGUACUCUUCUAGCUCCGUGGCUUGUACUAUUCAAUUGGAUUAGUUCUUUUACUCACGUUGAUACAUUUGAGUGUAUUCUCAUCCAUCCAUGUAAUAAUCAAACCUAUCAAGCACUCCAUCUUAUUUUGUGGUUUUGCUAA